CACCAAACGAGAUAGGUCUGGGCGUCAUGGUCCGACUGGCAACCACUCAUCCAACAGUGCACACCACGUUCUCUUUCUUCAGACUUCCCCCCUUCAAAAGGCCUAAGACACAGCCGCGCGCCCGGGCGGUGCAUAAACUCUCGUGUGUGACACAUUUUCAACCGGGCGCAAACCUGCAUACCACGUCCUUCUUGAGAUUGUUUUUUUAAUUCUCUUCCAUACUUGCUUCUAGAACGCCUGCGACGCUUUACCUGACCUUCGUCGAGAGAACAAAACUCCAUGAUUGCGACCAUCUAGCUGCCCCAGCUCGUAAUCGGCUGGCGCUCUCCCUCUCUCUAUCUCCCUCCCCCUCCCUAGGUCAUGACUGCAGCUCCCGGAGCUCGCCACGCUCUCCGCCGAGGCACCGCGUGGGCCGACGGGCUCGCCUGCCUCGCCUGCCUCGGCCGCACAACGAGCUAUGUAGCUUUCGGAUCGAGUCGACGGCAUGCUUCCUCUUCGUCGCAAGGAAAACGGCCACGGACGGCGCUUUUCUUUCCAGGCCAAGGAGUGCAAAAGGUCGGCAUGAUAACACCAUGGCUCGAGGCGUUCCCGCGGACGGCAAAGCCCAUCAUCGAGGAAAUUGACCAUUACAUGGGCUUCAAGCUAUCCGACAUCAUUGCCGAGGGCCCCAGCAAGCUGUUGACCAGGACGCCCAACGCCCAGCCCGCCAUCAUGGCGACCUCGAUCCUGAUCCUCCGCAUCCUCGAGCGCGAGUUCGACUUUGACAUCGCCAAACGCGUCGACGUGACGCUUGGUCACUCCCUCGGCGAAUUCGCCGCGCUGGUGGCCGGCGGCUACCUCGAGUUUGAGGACAGCCUGUACCUGGUGCGCAAACGGGCCGAGGCCAUGGCGGAGGCGACGCGGCGCGCCGUCGACGAGUACGGCGGCGAGUACGGCAUGGUGGCCAUCGUCACAGAGCCCGAGUAUCUAGGCCCGCUGAUCGCGGCGAUUCAUGACUUUGUGGGCCACUCAAGCGCCGGGUCCAAGGGCGACAGCUCCGAGGACGUACCGCCCAUCGAGCAAGUACUCAUCGCCAACAUCAACAGCAAGAACCAGAUCGUGCUGAGCGGCAAUAUUGAGCGCAUCAAGACGCUCUCGACGCACGUGCGGCAGUUCCUCGGCCACGACCCGCGGGCCGUGAGGUUAAACAGCGACAGCCCAUUCCACAGCCCGCUCAUGAAGCCCGCCGUCGGGGUGGUGAGGAGCAUACUCUCGAAAAAGAGCCGCGUCGAGGGGCGCGAGGGGAACGACAUUAUCACGUUUCCGGGGAGGCUGCCGUGCGUAAGCAAUGUGAGCGCGCGGCCGUUCGAGAGCAAGGAGGACGUCAAAGACCUUCUGGCACGGCAGUGUCUAGAGACGGUGCGGUGGUGGGACAGCAUCAAGUACCUCGACCAAGAGGAGAAGGUGAGGCGGUGGAUCGGUAUCGGGCCCGGCAGGGUCGGGCGGAACCUGGUCGGCAAAGAGGUGGGCAUGAGGGGCAAGGACUCGGUCAAGGGCGGCGGCGUCUGGGGCAUCACGGACCCGAGCGAGAUCGAGGAGAUGCUCAAGGGGCUGGAUGAGACGGAGAAGGUCUCGGAGGACGAGAUUGGCUGAGUAGGGAGUAAAGAGGCCGGUGGCCACACCAGCGAGGGGCUACUGAUAUGUUUCCACGCGCAUACUAGGAAUUGUUGCAAGGCGCUUCUUCUUUGCUGCAAUGGGCUUGAAAGCUCAUUGGAAAGGUCUGGCUUGAGCUGGAGUAAUUGUUCAUAUACUUAAUCGGCGCGUAGCACCGCUUUCUAUACGGCAGCCCAACCCGAACAAAAUACACUAUUGAGAUUCUCGACGGUUGUAGGUGGCUCUGGCUGGACCUCCUCUGGGAAGCUGAUGGUUGAACACCCUGACUUCAGUGCGGGGCAGUCGAGAACGAACCAA